AUGAAGUCCUUUUUGUCUGUCUUCAUUUUCGCUUCGUUCGCGGUGACCAUGGUUUCUGCGGCUGAUUAUGCAGCCUAUUUCUACCCCAACUACGAUUGCAGCGGUGAGGCUACUUUGGACUGCGUUGGCGAUAUCGGACAGUGCUGCAAUGCUCCUUCUGGCCCCAACUCCAACUCUGUCUAUAUUGAAUAUGUUGGCAGCGGUUCUUUCGGUUCAUUGAAUUGGGCUAUUUCCGCGGUUCCCGGUUGCUCGCAAAUUGUGCAAUUUGAUACUCAGUAUACUGGAUCCGGACCGUUUGGGACGGGAUGUUACAAUGCGCAUGAUGCAUCCGUCGGCUCUGUUGCAUACUAUGCCCCAGAGCCGUAG